UGACCCAUGUCUAAUGAGCUGCCAGCGAAAAGACGGAAGGCAGGGGGAUUUUUCGAUGAUUUGUCGAUCCAUCUCUAUCCCGCAGCAUUGAGUAAGAUUCGCCAAGGCAUCUUUGAGCGUCAGAUACCUCAAAAUGGUGGUCAAUUGGUUUCAAGUCUGCCCAAAUCUGGCCAGAUUCUCGUUCUGAUCGAAGACAAUGCCAUCGAACCAGCUAGACUGCAACAAAUCGUACGGGACUUGUCUCAAAAGCAUCCCAACCCUGAAGCCACCUAUCUAGGAAUGAGUUGGUUGAGCAAAUGUCUGGAAACAGGUCAGCAAUGUCUUUUCGAUGAGUUUGAAUUGAAGGUGAGCGAGCCAAAGCCAAGCGAGUCUAAUUUAGGAAAAAUGACAAAAAAAGAUGAGCACCCAAAAGAGAGUUAUGUAGACCGCAAUCGCCAUAAGUUCGUGUGCGCUCAAUCCUCCUCGGAUGAGGCCACAUCGACCCAUCCGAAUAAGCUAAUCACGGAUGAACUGGAGAAAUUGGCUGGAGCGUACAAGAACUCCAAUGACCAAUGGAGAGCCUUUGGUUAUCAAAAAGCGAUUACAUCCAUCAAAAACUAUCCGAAGGCCAUCACCAAUCGCGAUGAAGCGGCGGCUUUGCCGAACGUUGGCAAGAAGAUGGCCGACAAGAUCAUUGAGAUCAUCGAACAAGGGUCCCUGCAGAAAGUGUCGGAAGUCUGCAAUAAUGAGCGCAUGCAAGUUUUAGCUCUGUUCAAUCGAGUCUGGGGAGCUGGGCCCAAAACGGCCGAGCAGUGGUUCUUAAAAGGUCAUCGAACGCUUGAAGACCUUCAAAAUGACGACAAGUUGACCGCCCAUCAGAAAGUGGGCCUUCGUUUAUUUCAUGAUCUCGACGAGAGAAUGCAAAGAGAAGAGUGUACCGAAAUCUAUGCUCAUGUACAAGCCACGGCCCUGGAGAUCAACCCAAAUUUAGAGGUUGUCGCGUGUGGUUCUUAUCGACGAGGUAAACCCACCUGUGGCGAUUUGGACAUUCUUAUCACGCAUCCCAAACUAGACGACGAUCUCGAGAUCAGUUCCAUUUUCAAUGGACUCCUGAACCGCCUUCGUGCACACAAUUUCCUCACCGACGACCUCUCCAUCAUGAGUGAGGGUCGCCAACGAAAGUAUUUAGGCGUGUGCAAGCUCCUGAAAUCCGGAGCCAAACACCGACGACUCGAUAUCAUCGUGGUCCCAGUCGAAGAACGGGCCACGGCUCUGAUGUACUUCACGGGUUCGGCUCAUUUCAAUCGAUCCAUGCGGUUAUUGGCCAUCAAGAUGGGCAUGUCUUUGUCCGAACACGCCCUAGUCACGGAUGUGGUGCGGGUGAACAAGGAAAAAGCCAACACGGGCACCGUGAUUCCCACACCCACUGAGGCGUCCGUCUUUGAAGCCCUCCAAUUGCCUUAUCGAGCUCCGAAUGAACGAAAUCAUUGAUGACAAGGCUUAGGGGUUAGGUUAGGUUAAGGAAAUAAAUAUACUUGAUGUAAGGUU